GCCAUUAUAGAUUCCGUUGUGUGUGACCGAGUCUUCUUCUCCGGAGCCUUCCAAAGGAAACUUGUUUCUCUACGACACCAACGGUGCAGUAUCGUCUGAAUAACCUGUCAAAUAACCCGGUGAACGUUAAAAUGAAAACGUACAGCAGAAAAAAGGGCGAUAGCCCGAGCAACGUAAUAAUUCAUGUGAACGAGCUGUGCCGACUGUGCUUGGCAAAGGAGGAGGAGAUGGUGCCGAUUUACGACGACGAAACUAUCCCUUUAUCCCUGCGAAUAAUGGCUUGCGUUAAUCUCGAGGUUUACGAAGAAGACGGUCUUCCAAACAUGAUUUGUCAUCCCUGUAAGUAUCAGUUGGAGAAAUCCUAUCAGUUUAAGAAGAAAUGCGAAGCUGCGGAUGCUAAACUCCGCAAACACAUGAAAUUGAUACAACAGUUGACCGGUCAAAGCGAAGAAGGGGAGAAGCAAGAUAGCAACAGGGAGGAACUAGCGGAUUCAUCCAACAGUGGGAAAUCUAAACAGGUUAAACAACUGUUAGCUGAUCUGGUAUCCACCAAGGGAGACAGCGGACAAGCUGAUGGUGAUCCAAUUGAAGUAACUGAAGAAGAGCUCGUUGGUGGUUACAUUUUAGGAAUGAACUCGGAGAACUUAGAAAUGGAAGAAACUAUGUCGGAGGACCCAGAAAAUAUCACCUUAGUCCCAGCAGAGGAGCGUGCUGCUAAAGCUCAUUGCACCAUCCGUACAACUCGUAUUAAGCAAGAACAAGAAUCUGAGGACGAAGCUGAAGAAGUACAAAGAGCAAUUGCAAAUGCUGAUCACAAGAAUGUUUACGUGAUGGAGCUAACGAGUAACAGUUCUGGUCAAGGAGAAUCCUUGAAAUUGCAACCUAUAACUAAUACCAUAGUCGAGCCUAACCAGGAGUUGAAGGUAUUUCAAUGCGACAAAUGUCCAAAAGCGUUCACUCGAAGAAUAAUGUUGAAGAGUCACCAGUCUGUUCAUUCUACGCAAAGAGGUUUCACCUGUCAGGCUUGCGAGAAAUGGUUCCCAACUAGGUCUGCAUUGGUGAGACACGAACGUACCCAUACAGGCGAGAAACCGUUCGGUUGUAACAUUUGUCAUCGCGCCUUUGCGCAAAAGGAGAUUCUACUUCGUCAUCUAAUGACUCAUUCUGGGCAAAAACCAUUCCAAUGUCAGCACUGCGAGAAGAGCUUCACUCAACGCGAAGCGUUGAAAGUCCAUAUGCGAAGACAUCAGAAAUUGGACCCGAAUGACAUUCAGUUGCAUCAUUGUCAACUUUGUCCCAAAGCAUUUUGCCAUGCUUCUGGGCUUAGCAGACAUUUAGUUACACACACUGGGAGAACGUACAAAUGCGUGGAGUGUGAGAAAUCUUUCACGGAUAAAAGUUCGUUGCUGAGGCAUAGUCGUAUUCAUGCGCCUAAAAAACAAAUCUUAACAAAUUAGAUUUAAGCGACGAUUGAAAAUCGCGAUAACAGUAUCACCCGACGUUAAAUUAAAAAUCACAGAUUACAUUUUUUGAACGAAUUAGUUCUAAGUCAUAGAUUUUUUUUUUUCUAUUUUUUAGUGAUAUAGUUUACAUAAAUAUGCAAUAUGUAAAUGAUAAUCAUAGUAAACUCUUGUUUCAUUGCCGGUAGAGCGAAUUCCCCAUUACGCCCUUUCUAUAUUGUCAAUUCCAAGAAUUUUUCCUCCUGCAUCCCUGCUACCGGCAAUAUAACGAGAGUUUACCGUACACACGAACAGUUUAUUCAAUAAUUUGAAACAUAUCUAAAGUAUUUUAUGUUAUAUAUGUCUUUGAUUUCAAUUUCCAGCACAAAACAUCACAACAUAUUUGAUACUAUCAUUCUACAUUUUCAUUCUGUUCAAAUUGUAUAUAAAAUUCAGCAAAAUUAUAUUUGCAUCCUGCAAUUAGAUUUCUUUAUGCGUCUAGUUCGAUGUGUAAAUAUAUUAUACGGUGUUACAUGAUUCGGUAACCUUACGUUUUAUUGAAAUUAGAAAGUAGUGAUAAUGUUCUUCAAACAUAUAUUUUUUUUUUGAAUACAAAAUUAUUUUCUUAUACGUACUUUCAUGACAUUUAUAUUAUACAUAAUUUUAAUAUACUUCUAUGUAUAUAUAUUAAACACGUUAUAUAUACUUUUGUAUUUUUUUGAUUAUUCCCAUUGAAAUCUUUAAUACAAGAAAAAUACAAUUUUAUAUGUAAAUAAUGAUCGUACGUGUAAUGUCGAUAUAUAGUCUGAAAAUUUGAAGAAUAAAAUAUACUUUAAUGAAAAAUUUAACGAUUCUUUUAUUUAUUACGUUUAAACGUAUGGUAUUACGAAUAUUAUAAAUACAGUGUGCACUAAACAAUUUAUAUAAUAGAUAAAAUUAUAAAGGCAGCUAAAGAUUACAUAGGAUUAAUUUCUAAAUAAUAUUACAGUUUAUUGUAAAAAGGAUGAAAGUUUCAGAUAAUUGUAUUUCUUCUGCCAAUAUAUAUUUUAUAUACCAGGGACAUAAAUUUGUACAACAGUUUAUCAUUUCAUUACUUAUUAUACUAAAAAUUAUGUCGCUGGAAUUUAUUCUGCUUUUUAGGCAGUGCAUUGGAACAUUAGGUAGCCUGAUAAUAUUAUUAAGGAUUUAUUACAAUAUAAUAAUACACGUAAUGUAUGUACACGGUACAUCAGUUAAUUAAAAUUACUAUGUCCACGGAUAAAAAAAAAGAAGAAAUUCCUGCUAUACGUUUAUAUACCAUUUACUAUUUUCAUUAUACAUCCAUUCAACUAGCUAAAUACAGAAGUAACUCCAUACUUAAUUUCUUUGAUCAAUUAAAAUAUAUAAACAAUAACACACGUAAAGGAUUCUUUAUACGUAAAAUAAGUUAUUAUGAAAAUGCGUAUAAAAAUGAUUUAUUAAUAUUUCGUUUACAACUAAUUCGCAGUUUAUUUGUGUAACAGAGCUCUAUGAAACUUUGAAAAGUCUGUAAAGCGAUUAAUGUAAUAGUAUGCUUACUUAUUUUCUAAAUUAUCAAUUGCUAUUACGAAGGAACUUCAAGGGUCAUUUACUAACUAUGUAAUAAAUAUCUUGGAACAAAAAGAAGUAAAAUAAAUAACGA